AUGGUAGUUUACUUUGUAGCUGCCGAAGAAGUGGGAAUCCUCCAUCAAGAAUCGGAAUUCAAUCAAGAUGGUUCUUACAAAUUCAGUUACGAAAGCCAAGAUGGAACCAAAGUUUCUGAAGUUGGAUCAGUCAAAAAUGUGAAUAACAAAGAUGUUCAUGUAGCUGAAGGAUCGUAUUCUUACAUUGGUGAUGAUGGCAAAGAUGUUGUGGUUCAAUACGUUGCCGAUGAAAAUGGAUACCGUCCACAAGGAGACAAUAUUCCCGCAUCCAUCCUGAAGAACUUGGAGGGUUUAGCAACUGCUCAACCAGAAAAACAAGAUUAA